AUGCGCUUUCCAGCGCUGGUGCUGUUUGUUGUGCAUGCAGCGGAGAGCGGAACGCCCAUUCCAACAGUCGACACAUCCGACGCAUCGGAGCUAGAAUGCAAAUGGCCAUCCUGCAUGCCACAUUGCGUUCCCUGCGAGAAGAAGCAGGUGGGAACUUGCUACAUGGCGGGGAUCUUCGGCAGUUUGGGGGAAUGCAGCACAUGGAAAGGACCUACGGAUUGUUUUUUGGGAAAGUGUUUGUGCAAAGAUGGAUAUUGUGCUGAUGGGGACCUUUGCAAGCCGCAGAUUUGCGUGCGUGGUGCUGCGCCACCUGAAUUUGUCCCAAAUAACUGGUUGGUGCUUUUUAGCUCUAUGAGCAACAUGGACCCGUUUCCUGACUAUGAGGAGCUGACAGAAAUCUACAUGCAACAUGUCUUUCAGAUUAUCCCAGUUCCCGUCAUGCUACUGCUGAUUGGCAUUGUUGUUUCCUUUGCUACGGUCGCAUGCAUUUGCUGUGGUGGAGGUAGUGGUUACCACUACAGCAUGGACUUCUCCGACAUUCAACACGAUCAGGCUGAAGGCUUCAUAUCAGGCAAAACAGGCCGCAAGUUGAUCUCCGACGAGGAGUUCGCGCGGCGAGCAUGGAAGAAGCGGCCUGCGUGUCUCCCCAUGUUCUGCACAGCAUUGCUGAUUUUUUUGAUGUGUUUUGCCGGCAUCUACUUCCGGGUUGUAAACUACAUGCGCUCGGAAAGGCUGAUCCUGAAGAACUUGCAAAGAGCUGAGGACAACGCUGUAGAAAUCGCUGAUGCUUGCUUGACUAUCAACCAGACCAUCUCUCAGCUGCAUGACAACCUUUUGCAGAUCCCAUUGUCCUGCAAGACCGACAACAAGAUGGCCAAGCAGAUCCUCUACACUUUUACCAGCAAUGCCUUGGGGGCCAUUGAUGAUUACGUGGACCAAGUCUACAGCAUUGUAGAUAUUGUGGUCCCAAUUCCAGAUCAAAUCAAAAAGUUUCGAGAAUUUGCUUCAGGCCAGCGUCCAACAAGUGUGAGGUUGCCUUUGGCUCCUUUGGGGCUCAUGGCCGCUAUUUGUGCUUUGAUUGUGCUUGAGGCCACCAUGACCACUUGCUGUAGGAACAGCAGCAUCACAAAGUGUGUAGACGCAGGCUUGAAACUAGCCGCUGCUCUGUUUUCUCUCAUUAUUCUAGUCGUGGCAAUCUUGAUCUGUGUGGAAACUAUCCUCAUGAUCAUCCUGAGCAAAUUCUGCGAAGAUGUUGACCACAACGUCCUCUCGUACAUCAAUUCCACCACGUACAACAUCUCCGGCGUAAUUCCCGAGAUUGCCAACUACUACAUCCGUGGUGCUGAGAAGAAUCCGGUCAUGGAGUACGAUGCACUGGCCAGGAAGUAUAUCAAUCAGAUCCAAGACUAUUAUGACAAAGCAAAGAUAGGUUUGGCAGGGUUCGGCCUCGCAUGCCCUGCAUUCUUCAAACUGGACGUUGACGAUAUAGCCAUCAAAGCGCGACAAAUCCUGGACAGGGCCAAAAACCUGCUCAAGGGGAACAAUAUUUACCCGUACUACAGACAGGUCGUGCGCAAGGGCAUUUGCAAUGUUGUCAUUGCGGGCGUCGGAUGGAUGUGGCUUUUGCAAGUUGUAACUGGCUUGAUUUUGUUUCCAUUGUGUGCCAUUCUAACUCACAAAUUUCUAGUUGGAUGGGCAGCUUGGACGAAAGUCAAGGAGGCUCGGCGAGCACGGAUGGCUCAGUCUGGGAUUGAAGGUGCUAGCUCAGACUCUGACUCUGAUGAUGAAGAUGAGAGCGAUAGUGAGGAGCAAGAGAUGGGCAGGCCGAAGAUGGCUGCCAAGGGGCUAUGCGUAAACUUCACGUGUAGCUGUGGGUUCCGAGAGGGCAGCCGUCAGUGCACUCCUUGGAUGAACCUCAUGACGUUUGAAGUCGAUGCGCGGACUUAUUUGCAGGUCGCUAAUGCCAAUGCACCAGCACAGGAAGCACCUGUGCAGCUGGAUGAUUGCAUGCAAUGUGCAUGUGGAUUGCUGAAGUCAAAGGAAGCUCUCGUUGCGACUGUUUUAAGAUAUGUGACGGCAGUUGUUUCGUGGGUUUGUCCUGCACGUUGGUCAAAUCGCUCUCCCAAAGAGAGAUGUUUGGACUGGGUUCUGAAUGCCUGUGGAUGGAGUUGGAGUCUUCAACCAAAAUUGCUUCCUGCUGCCUCUGUUCCCUUUUGGUUCAAGAUGGAGCCUUUUGGUCACGGGCUGCCGGUGGUCUUGCAAGCGCGUUUUCCACGAAUGCAUCUGAAACCAGUGGAGGACAGUUGA